ACAAUGGCGAAGACUUGUUUGGUUUAUCUCUAUGGUGCUUCUCUUCUGCUAACGCUCUCCACAUCGUUGGCAGCACCAUCGUCAAAUCCCUCACUCUAUGACAAUUUCCUUCGCUGCCUCACACAACAAACAAAGUCCUCAACUCCACUCUCCAACAUAGUCUUCCCUCAAAACAACCCAGCCUUCCCCACCGUCCUCGAAAACUACAUCCGAAACUCACGUUUCAACAACUCCCAAACACCAAAGCCGUUACUCAUCGUCACUCCCCUCCAAGAAUCGCACGUCCAGGGCGCUGUAAUAUGCGCCAAAGCUGCAAACAUUCAAAUCAAAAUCAGGAGUGGAGGCCAUGAUUACGAGGGUAUCUCCUACGUCUCCCAGAAACCCUUUAUCAUCCUCGACAUGUUCAAUCUUCGUGCAAUCAAGGUGGACAUAACAAACCAGGUUGCUGUGGUCCAAGCUGGUGCCACGCUGGGAGAGCUUUAUUAUGGCAUCUGGAAGAAUAGUAAAGUCCAUGGCUUCCCUGCAGGGGUGUGUCCCACUGUUGGUGUCGGCGGCACUGUCAGUGGAGCGGGGUACGGUAACAUGUUGAGAAAAUAUGGCUUAUCUGUGGACAAUGUUAUUGACGCUCAGAUUGUUGAUGUCAAAGGAAAUCUUCUGAACAGAAAAUCCAUGGGGGAGGAUCUGUUUUGGGCAAUUAGAGGAGGUGGAGGAGCGAGUUUUGGUGUGGUAAUCUCGUAUACGUUUAAGCUAGUUCCCGUGCCGGAAACUGUUACCAUUUUCCGCGUUCAGAAGACUUUGGAAACGAAUGUGACUGCCACUGACCUUGUGGUGCAGUGGCAGCAGGUGGCUCCAACCACUGAUGACCGGCUUUUCAUGAGGCUCUUAUUGCAGCCAGUGAGUUCCGAAGUCGUGAAGGGAAAAAAAACGCUUAGAGCGACGGUUGUGGCUUUGUUCCUCGGAGGCGCAGGUGAGGUUGUGUCAAUUUUGGGGAAGGAAUUUCCGCUUCUUGGAUUAAAGAAGGAGGAUUGUAUGGAGGUGAGAUGGAUUGAUUCUGUUCUGUGGUGGAACGAUGAUGAGAGUUUGAAAAACGGUGAGAAACCUGAAACCCUACUGAAUCGGAAUCUGAACUCUGGUGGUUUUCUGAAAAGAAAAUCCGACUAUGUUGAGAAAGCGAUUUCAAGAGACGGGUUGGUGUCGAUAUUUAAGAAGAUGAUUGAGUUGGGGAAGGUGGGACUAGUUUUCAACCCUUAUGGAGGGAAAAUGAGUGAGAUUCCGUCUGAUGCGACACCGUUUCCCCACCGUAAAGGAAACCUGUUCAAGAUUCAGUAUUCUGUGAACUGGAAGGAUCCUUCAGCUGGUGCGGAUCUGAAUUUCACGAAUCAGGCUAAGAUGCUUUAUAGUUACAUGACGCCUUUUGUGUCUCAGAAUCCCCGAAGGGCUUAUCUGAAUUAUAGAGACAUUGAUAUUGGAGUGAACAACUUCGGUAAGAAUAGCUUUGAAGAAGGAGAGGUUUAUGGCAGGAAGUUCUUCAAUCAAAAUUUUGAUAGGCUGGUGAAUAUCAAGACCAAGGUGGAUCCCCAAAACUUUUUCAGGAAUGAACAGAGUAUUCCAGUACGUCCCACCAAACCCUAGAAAUCACAAUUUGAAUAAUACUGCUUUACUUAGGGCAUCUCUUCAGAAUGUUAUAUAUGUCCUGUUUAGACAACAGAACCUUAUUAUAUUUCGUUCAAAAUAAUGACAUGAAAAUAUAACUA